AUGAGCCAGGUCGACGAGAGUUUGAAAGAAGCUUUAGGUAAUAAUGCCACCAGGGUAUUUACACCCGAUGCUGGUCUAACUACGGGAGCCUUGUUUCUAAUGGCCAUCAUCCCUAUAUACAUUGGCGCACAUAAAUCAGUCAAAGCCCUUAAGGAGUCCCUUGAACCAGAUGCUACGGAUAUUACGGUUUUUCGUCGAGAUGAGGCCGUUUUGCUUCCAAUCUACGCCAGUUGUGCUCUUUUUGGUAUUUUUUUGGUUUUUAAGAUAUUUGCCGCUGAGCACAUCAACAUGCUGCUGUCAAUUUACGCCUUUCUUAUCGGUACUUAUACUGUGUUUUUCCUUGUGAGACCUUAUGCUGUACAGCUGUAUCCGCGACGUUUUCGCAACUCCCACUUUACUUUGAUUCUCACUGAGUCAGUGGGGGACACUCCUACGCCCCAGAAAGAAGCGGGACAGUUUAAAUUUGAAAGGAAAGAUGCUGUUCCCCUGGCAAUUGCGCUGCUAGUUGGGCUGGUCUAUGUGUGUACUAAGUUCUGGGUUGCCAACAACGUUAUCAGCAUUGCAAUAGCUAUUGCAGGCAUCGAGCAUCUUCAUUUGGAUAGAGCUAUCAAUGGAUGCGUCCUACUUUGUGGUCUUUUUGUCUACGAUGUCUUUUGGGUCUUUGGAACUGGCGUUAUGGUUUUCGUUGCCACAAAUUUUGAUGUCCCAGUCAAAGUUGUCUUCCCACGAGAUUUCCUGACAAAUGGAUUCUUCUCGAAGGACGUUGGAAUGCUUGGUCUGGGAGAUAUUGUUGUUCCUGGUAUCUUCUUGGCCCUACUUCUGAGAUUUGACAACAAAAUGGAUCGCAACGGCGCCCGCCUUUACUUUUGGACCGGUUAUUUUGCUUACAUCAUUGGCCUUCUAACUACCUUCACUGUCCUCUACAUCUUUCGUCAUGCCCAACCCGCACUUCUCUACCUCGUUCCUACGUGCCUGGGAUUCCCUCUCACUUUGGCCCUUAUCAAAGGCGAUUUCAACGAAUUAAUGGCUUACAAAGACAUUCCUUUGGAGGUGGAGGAACGAGUCAAGGCUAACAGAGAGGCUGCUGAAAAGAAGGGACAGUAG